GGGCGGCUGGCACGAGCGAGCGGGCGGGCGGCCGCCGCGGGCGGAGGCUGCGCGCCGCGGAGCCGGGCGCUGCGAGCUCCGCGAUGGCGGCGGCAGCGGCGGCGGCGCGGGGCUCCGGCUAGCUGCGGGCGGCGCGGAUGGCGGGCGGCGCGGGCUGGGCGGGCGCCCCCGCGGCUCUGCUGCGCUCCGUGCGCCGCCUGCGCCAGGUGUUCGAGGUGUGCGGCCGCGACCCCGACGGCUUCCUGCGCGUGGAGCGCGUCGCGGCGCUCGGCCUGCGCUUCGGCCAGGGCGAGGAGGUGGAAAAACUUGUGAAGUGUUUGGAUCCCAAUGACCUGGGGAGAAUCAACUUCAAGGACUUUUGCCGAGGAGUAUUCGCCAUGAAAGGGUGUGAGGAGCUGCUGAAGGACGUGCUGUCGAUGGAGAGUGCGGGGACCCUGCCAUGUUCCCCAGACAUCCCAGACUGUGGGGAGCAGGGCAGCGACAUCUCUAGCUCCACCUUUGCUGAUGGCGAGCUCCUCCUCAGGGAACCCGGCUUCUUCCAGGAAGACGAGGAGGAAGCGAUGACAGUGGCCCUGCCUGAGGGACCCCAGGAGUUAGACAUGGACAGCCCCAUGGAGAGCAGCCAGGGCCCGGAGGGAUCUGUCAGGAAUUCUGGCGAGGAGAAGGAGCCUGAGCUGGGGGCCCUGUUCCUGCCUGAGGACAAGUCCCUCGUCCUUACUCCAUCCAUGACCACGUCAGACCUUUCCACUCACUCCACCGCCUCUCUCAUCAGCAACGAGGAGCAGUUUGAAGACUAUGGAGAGGGGGAAGACGUGGACUGCGCCCCCAGCAGCCCCUGCCCCGAUGAUGAGACCAGAACCAACGUCUACUCAGAUCUGGGAUCUUCAGUGUCUUCCAGCGCGGGGCAGACCCCGAGGAGGAUGCGGCACGCCUACAACAGUGAGCUGCUGGAUGUGUACUGCUCUCAGUGCUGCAAGAAGAUCAACCUGCUCAACGACCUGGAGGCCCGGCUGAAAAACCUGAAGGCCAACAGCCCCAAUCGGAAGAUCUCAAGCACAGCUUUUGGAAGGCAGCUCAUGCACAACAGCAACUUCAGCAGCAGCAACGGCAGCACUGAGGACCUGUUCCGUGACAGCAUCGACUCCUGUGACAAUGACAUCACAGAGAAGGUGAGCUUCCUGGAAAAAAAGGUAACAGAGCUGGAGAAUGACAGCCUGACCAGUGGGGACCUGAAGAGCAAGCUGAGGCAGGAGAAUACGCAGCUGGUGCACAGGGUGCAUGAGCUGGAGGAGAUGGUGAAGGAUCAGGAGACCACAGCAGAGCAGGCACUGGAGGAGGAAGCCCGACGGCACCGUGAGGUCUACUGCAAGCUGGAGCGGGAGAAGGGCAUUGAGCUGGAGCUGCUCAACACCAGGGUGCAGCAGUUAGAAGAAGAAAACACUGAUCUGAGGACCACGGUAACUCGACUCAAGUCACAGACCGAGAAACUGGAUGAGGAGCGGCAACGCAUGUCAGACCGGCUGGAGGACACCAGCCUGAGACUCAAGGAUGAGAUGGACUUGUACAAACGCAUGAUGGACAAGCUGCGGCAGAACCGCCUCGAGUUCCAGAAGGAGCGGGAGGCGACUCAGGAGCUCAUCGAGGACCUGCGGAGGGAGCUGGAGCACCUGCAGAUGUACAAGCUGGACUGCGAGCGGCCAGGUCGGGGCCGCAACUCAUCUGGCCUCGGCGAGUUCAACGCCAGAGCCCGGGAGGUGGAACUUGAGCAUGAGGUCAAGCGACUAAAGCAGGAGAACCACAAGCUGCGGGAUCAGAACGACGACUUAAAUGGGCAGAUCCUGAGCCUCAGCCUGUACGAGGCAAAGAACCUCUUUGCCACCCAGACCAAAGCCCAGUCACUGGCUGCAGAAAUCGACACGGCAUCUCGUGACGAGCUGAUGGAGGCCCUAAAGGAGCAGGAGGAGAUCAACUUCCGGCUGAGGCAGUACAUGGACAAGAUCAUCCUGGCUAUCUUGGACCACAACCCCUCCAUCUUGGAGAUCAAACACUGAGGCAGGGCUAGCUCCAGAGUGGCCGCUGGACCUGGGGCCUGGGGCCGGGCCUGCCUGAGGAUAAAGGCGCAGGCAGGACCCCACACUCACUCUGUAAACGUACCUCUGACCACCCUGUGCGUGCGUGCUGGUGUAUGUGCAGGAAGCUGCGCGCACACAGGCAAGGAGUGAGCUUGGGGCCAUGCUGUGGGUGACAACCCAUGGUGAGCUGUGUGUGCACUUUGCAGCCCCUUUGUGAGGGGCAGAGGGGACUGGAUGUGGGAGGGGCGCUCUCAGGAGUUAACAGCAAGGACUGGAAGCUUGCGUUUAGGAUACUGAUUGAAAUGAUUCUACCUCUCUGGAAAAGGGUUGGAAGAUGCUCUCGGGAGAUGGGUUCUCUCCCUUCCCCCACUGGAGAAGGGACUAGACAGUUACAUUCUCCAGAAUUUGGUGUCCUUGCCAGCCUUUCUGGCCACCUUUCAAGCCCAGGUUUUGUUUUUUUUUUUUUUUGUUUUGUUUUGUUUUUUAAGCUCAAAGAGGAGGAAGGGGUAUUGGGGGAACGGAGACCCCUGUGGGCCAGCCCUCUGGGGUGCAGGUAAACGGGUCCAGCAGACUCGGACUUGCAGAGCAGCUAGCGUGCUUUGUUCGUACCUUUGGGCAGAGUCCGUCGUAGUUUUCCAUGCCCUUCCCAGUCUUGUUCUCCUACCUCCCCUUUCUGGCUUGGCUUCAUUCUGUUUUGAAGAAGAGAAAUAUGAGCAACAUUCACUUAGGGGUGCAGGGAAGGCCAAGAAGAAGGGUGGGGCGCCCAAGGCACUGGGAGCCAAAAAGAGUGGUUGCCUGGGAGAGGUGUGUUCCAUGGCUGCGUCUUAACAUGUGACCUGUCUGGGCCCCUGUCGCCUCGGUGAGGGCAGGCAUAGGGAAGUAUUUCCAAGACCAGCAUCCCUUCCUACAGCUGUCACACACACCCGAAUGUGGUCCCGGGCUAGAGAGCAGACGCGCUGAUGGGAAGUCCAGUGGAGAACAUUGUGGGGAAUCUUAGUCUUCUGUGAAUACGUGAUGGGAAUUCAUCCCCCGCCUAGGGGGGCCGUUUAAAAUGUGAACUUUUGUUCUAGGCACCUGGGAUUAGGUACUGUGCUUGGAGUGUCUGGUUUAAAUGGUCUUAAAUGGCUCUUGAUUGGCUUCCUUACCCCAGCUCCUGUAAACGUGUAUGGUCUUAAAAGUCUUCCCCUUCGGUUUGUUUUCUUGAGCACUUCUUGUGUAAAGAGGAAGGUUUGGGCAUGUUGGGGAGGCUAGUGAGCAGAAAGGGGGCAUAGUUAAAGGUAAAGAGGGGAUUUGGGCUCUGUGCCCUACCUGGCAGAGACAGGGCUGUGGCCAGUUCCAGUCUAGUCACUUCUGUUUUUCUCGGCUUUUGAGGUUCUUUAAAACACGUGCACGAGCUUUCUCUCAUGCUGCAUAGACGGUGGGUGGGUUGCCAUGCCCUACUCUGCCUGGAUGAACGACACCAGGGAUACAGGUGUCUGUGGGCAUCCCCCGAGGUCUGGGAAGAUGUGGAUAAAGGAUGCUCAGUAGGGAGUUGCUUGAGGCUAUGUCAGUAGGAAGGAAGAAUAAACCAGGGCCUGAGGUUGGUCCAGGUUGCUGUCAGGAGUACUGCAGAGGCCAGCUGAGUAUAGACCCUGGUCUGUGGAGUCUGCUUCCAGGGGUGUUUUGUACUUGAAAUUAUAUUGGCCACCAGCUUCACUUGUGUGUGGGUUUCCAGAGAAGGUUGCAGAGGCCAGAGUCACAGCAUCACAAAAGGGGAAGAAGUUUCUGUGAGGGCAACAGGCAGGAGGAAGGCUUUUGGCCUACAUCAUUGGUCUGGAAGAAUGGACUCCCCGAGGAAAUGCCAAGUUUUGAAGCUUGCUGUGGGGUCUGGGCCCUUGUCUUUGCUACUUUGUGGGUUCUUUCCCAUCCUUAUCCCUCCUGGUUUCUAGAUAGGAGAGAAAGAAAGAUGGGGGUGGGGAGAGAGAGAAAUCCAUGAAUCUACUUUCUUUCCUACUACCAAUAACUGCAACCAACCCUCCCCUGAACAACCACAUCUGCCUCUCAGGGCUUUAGAAUAUAUACACCCUCUGAAGAGCUGCCAGAAUUCCAAAUGUCACACCAUCACAGAAACUAUCUGCAGCUGGCAAAACCAUGCCUCUGCCAGAGCCCAAGGCAAAUAAUAGCUGCUUUGGACAGGCUGAGCCAUCCCCAUAUCCCCACACUUGGGAUUAAAACAAAAACAUAUUUUUUAAAGAAACCAAAAUUUCAAAAUUGUCACUACAUUUUACCCUUCUGUUUUAAGGCAUUAAUUAUGCUAGGUGUAGUGGGAAAUUUUUUUCUUACAUAUGUGUUAUCUGUACAUCUAUAUACAAUUCUGCAUUGCAAGGAGUGGUGCAUGCCUUGCAUUGUAACUUCUUGUAAAGGCCUUGCUCAUAGUGGCUUGAUCCCUGCUUUAAUAAGGUCGAGAAGUUAAGUGACGCUAAUCAUUUCUCCACCACGGGCACCCUGCUGUGAUAUGGAAGAGGCUAGUCGCUGUUAAGGUUAUUUUUAUAAAACUGUCUUUGUUUCUCAGUUUCUCUCUUAACCCAGCUAUCACACAAAUAAUUGAGACUCUAUUAUAUUAUUUUAACAAGCUUCACAGCACAAGAACUGAGCAGUUAUUAAUCUAUUCUUAACCCUUUCAGCUAAUUUGGCUUCUUCCCAGAGUUCAUCCCAGAGAUACUUGGACUUUGUAGGUUUCCUGCUUCGGCUCCUUCUCCUGGUCCCUCUUGGACAUCUGCCAUGACUAAAACCCCUACUUCCUCUUCUAAUUCCUCCUCCCCUGUCUGGCAGGAAGUCCAGCCCUACUCUCUCCUAUAGCACUCCUUUUAAAAACUACUUUAUUUGGGGGUCCUUAAAGGCUCUCCCUUCCAACCCCCAAACCCUAGGUAGGAGGGAGAAUGUUAGUGGGGAGACGGGGUACAGACCCCCUUCUCCCAGCUGUUUAGGGUCAGUGGGUGCUUAGGGGCAAUACCAAUCUCCUUUGAUGGCAAAAUCAGCAGCAGUCUCCUCAAAGCCCCUGCAUGGGGCAAUACCAAUCUCCUUUGAUGGCAAAAUCAGCAGCAGUCUCCUCAAAGCCCCUGCAUUGAAACGUUUCUCCCCACCUGUCCAAGCCUCCACACUGCCCUUCUCUGUCCUCUCCCCACUGCUACACCCCACACGCCAACACCACACACCACCCCUUCUCUCGCUGGGAUUUCUCAUUUAGCUUUCUCAGAGUCCUAGAGCACCCCACUCCGCCACACGAGACAGGCCACUACCAGCUGGCACAGACCAUGCCCUGAACGAGACAAUUUUCAGCUAUGGGCAAACUAAAGCCCAAACUAAAAUCCCACACUUGGGAUUAAAACAAAACCAUAUUUAUAUAAAUAACAUUGUUGAGUUUUUAAAGAAACCAAAACCUCCAUUAUGCUCUCCUGUGCUGAGCAAUUGGCUUUAUUGGUAGACCAGGGGACAGUGGGGAAGCAGUUUUCAUACAACACGAAGACAGGAGAUUCUCAGAACAAGGACUGCAGCCAGAUAUGGGGGGCGGGGUACAGAAAUCCGCAGCCGGAAUUCCAUGAUAACUCUAUGCCUGCAAGUCGCCUUCUUGGGGUAAGAUGUCAUCAGUUACUCCAGAGACGCCUUUCAGAUCGUCCUCACUCAUGCCUCUAGAUCUUUGUGAUGGUUUGUUGAUGCUGCUUCCACUUCCAGGUCAGUUAAGUGAGAUAGGCUUUCCUUUGCAGCUUUGUACUGUCUUUGAAUGAUCCACCCAUCUUCCUCUUGUGUGAAUGUCCAACCUUACUUAGGUUCGGGAAGCUCACGGGGCUUGUCUCCUCAUGGUCUUUGAGCUUCAGUGCCUUGAUGUAAGGCCAACUUGAUAUCUUCACAAUGCAUCUUCUUGAGAUCUGCUUCUGAAGCCAUGAAUCGCUUUAUUUGCUUGGCAACUCCAGGUAGCAUAGAGCCGUCAGAAAGCCCUUCAUCUGUAAAGCAGUGAAUGGUCCUGCCAGGUAGUCAUUUCUGCAUAUUCAGCCACCUUCCGCACCUGUUCAGUAAAGGCUGCUUCACUGGUGUCAGAUUCUCAUGGCAGGAAUGCAGUACCAGGAUCACAUGCCACUAGCCAAGUGGCUGUGCCCUUAACAUCAGUGGUUUUCUCUAUUUCAGUGUUGCCCUGGGAAAGAUACAUACAUUUCACUGAACCUCCUGUUUAUUUGCUGUGUAGCAGUUUGGUGUUUUUUUUUUUUCAUAUUGGGAAGUUGUAAACGGACCUUUUCAGUGAAAUAACCACUCUUUGGGUCAGUGGCCAACGUUUUCAGGAGACUUCUCCUGCUCAGUUCUAGUCUUUGUUUUGAUGGUAUCCACAGCUUUUCAUUUCCUGUGGAAAUGUAAACAAAUAUGCAUCCCCAAUGCAAAACUUUCACUGGCUUCCAUUCUGAUGUUAACAUCCUUAUAGUGUAUAGGUUGGUUUAAUUCCACAGUUGUUGUUGUUGUUUUCUUCUAUAACCCAGUGUGUCUUGGCUGCUAUUGUUCUUUGACUGAAACAGCUCAUAAUUUUUGCUUUGGUGCCCUGAGCUCAGGCUCUCAAGGUUGUUUCUAAUGGUAAGAAAUUACCUUGAAUGUGUCUCUUGGAUCUGCGUUCCUGAACCCAGUGGCUGCCUUUGCCACAUUGCAUACACACUCUGGGAAGUCUAGGUGUUUUUUUUCUGUUUGAGAUUUAGGAAAACCAUUGCCCCUAGAAACGGCUCAUUGUCUUUUCCGGCACGAAGUACUGUAUUUCUCACAAUGCAGUGGGCAUUUUGAAAUUUGAGGCUUUUGGUUUGCUCACAGACUCUUUGCAAAUGACUGUAUUUCCCUCGGUUGAAGCACCGGGCAUUUUGAGAUCUGAAACCUUUAGCUAUGGCUUGUCCAAUUAUCGUGGCAGUAAUGGUCUAAUAAUGACCAGUAACUGUCAUCUCCCUGACCCACUCUUCCACAGGUGCUGACCUCACCUUUAAUGACCUAACAACUUUUUUGUACUAUAUUUGCAUUUUCAACUGCCAAGGUCUCAAUUAGCGCUGUCUCCCACCAGGGUCUGAUAUGGCUGAGCCCAGUCUAUGUAAAAACCAGCGAAGUCUUCUCGAGAGCUUUGUAUGAUCUAAGUGAGGAUCCUCAGCUUCGUCCCAAGGUCUUAAAGCCACAAAGCGCCACUGGUCUGUAGUAGCCUCAUCACAUUGAACUUGUUCCUGUUUCUCCGAGUGCCACGCUUUACCCAGCAACUGGUCUUUCACUUUGUUCAUUCUCUUCCCUCUCUUUUGCUGUUCAGCACUUGACGCUUCUUCCCUCCCCCCAUGUUAACCAUUGAUUUCAACUGUGGACCAGCCUCUAGAACAGUUGCCACCAGUCCCUUCCAGUUUUGGGGAAUAAUGCUAUUUUGAGUAGCCCAGUUAUUUAGAAUUUGUUUCCCAUAAGGUGAGUACAUCCCAUAUGAAACUGUGGCCUCUUUUUUAAAAAUGCCUUAGGUCUAUCAUUUCCGUAGGAUUCCAUCCGAUCCUGCCAGAACCUUGUUCCACACCAUUAUCAGGUGUGAGGUGUGAGACAACUUCCAGCCGGGAUAUCAUUUUUUACACUUAACCUUCGAGCUGCACUCUGAGGCACCACUUGUAUCUGGUCUUUGCUAUUUUGUGGGUUCUUCCCCCCCCACCCCCGCUCCUUAUUCUACCCCCACCCCAGUUUUAUCUCCUAUCACUAGAUAGAGAAAUAAGGAUAGAGGAGGGAGAGAGAGAUCCAUGAAUUUAACUUUUUUAUUGUUUCUUCUAAGCUAGUCUUUGCUUACUUUGUGGAUUCUUUUUUCCUGUCCUUUAUUCCCCCAGUUUCACCCCCUACCACUAGACAGAAGGAUAGAGGGGAGAGAGAGAUCCUUGAAUCUAAUUUCUUUGCGUUUCUUCUUUGAGCACAGCUACUAACAACCCCCCUGCAUAACCAACAACCACUGACCCCAUCUGUCAGGGCAUUUAUGUACACUCUGAAAAGAUUCCAGAAUUCCAAACGUCAUACAAUCACAGAACCUAUCUGCAACCUGCAAAACCAUGCCUGUGCUAGAACACAAGGCAAUCGUGCUCAGCUGCUUCCGACAGUCUGCAAUGGGCUGAUAUCCCAACACCUGGGAUCAAAAUGGAAACAUUCUUAGAACAUUUCUGUGUUGUUGGUUUUUUUUGUUUGUUUGUUUAUUUGUUUCUAAUUCCUAAAGCUGAUGCUUAUUAGAGCAGGGAGAUCUUCUUCUAAGCUUACAGUAUCAUACUCAUUGGCUGGAGCUUGCCUUGCUGUUCAAGCAAAGCUUGGAUUGAUGUCCUUAUUGGCAUAGCAAACUCUGCCUUGAGUCCUUCCCAGUCCUCAGUGCUGAUGCCACGACCUCUCUUUGGAGGCUUGUUGACUGCUGCUUCCACCUCAUGGUUUGUCAGCCGAGACAGGCCUUCUGCAGUUGAUUUGUAAUCCUUGAGGUUGCCAUCCAGCUUUCUCUCCCUUGAGUUGGCCACUGCACAGAUUGGGACUUAGCCUUUCAUGGGCAGCUAACUCUAAUGCCUUGCUGUAUAGGAACUAUUCUCUUUGGGCUUCCCCAAGACCAGCUUCAGCAACCCGGAAUGCUCUUGUCUCAGACCCCACCCUGGGAAUCCUUCAGUACAAGAUUGACAGUGAAGUAUGUUAUCUACCUUAGCAUAAGCCACAAUCAACUUGACCUGGCUGAUAAAUGCUCUUCCACCAAGGUCUGUGUCCUCCUCAGGCUCAAAGAGAUGGGUCAAAGACUUGGUGUCUAAUUCUUGAGCAGUGGGGCCACAUUGUUGCUCCUUUGAUAUCAAAAGAGUUGCUAAUGUCGUGUGGAGGGCUGGUCCUUGGAAUACAGUUCUGUAGCACUUGUUUUCUUACAACUACUUUAUUUGAGGUAUUAAGGUCUCAACCUUCCAACCUCCCAACCCUACGUAGGACAGAGGUUAGUGGGAAGAGAGAGCCCCUUUACUUCUGACUGUUUAGGGUCGAAGGGUCUUGGGGGAUACUCCAAGCUCUGUCAGCCACAGAAGCAGCUAGCAGUCUCCUCCACACUGCUGCACCCUGAAGCGUUUGUGUGCUCCAAACAACCACACCAUCCAUCCCUCGGGUCUCUCCAAACUACUAGGUGCCACUUGCCAACACCGCACGCCACCCCUUCUUUUCUUUCUAGGCUCAUUUUAUAUCCCCAGAGUCCCAGACCACGCCCCUCUCCCUCCCUGCCGUUACCAGCUGGCAGAGGCCACACCCCUGCAUGUGACAAUUAACAGCCGUGGACAAACUCUACCCCAACUAAAAUCCCACACUUAGGAUUAAAACAAAAACAUAUUGACAUAGCAUAGCUGAGUUUACAAAAAAACCAAAACUUCCAUUACAUAGUUACAUCACGUGAAACUGGUUGGUGAUCUGUUGUGCCGUGGCUUGCUGUGGCUUCCUGAGGCCAAGAGCAACUUUGAAUGUCAUGUUCACCAAGUGGUGUCAUCAACAUCUUUAUUGACCGAGGGCAGACAUUGGCCUCUUGGCACUGGUCUCUCCACUCCCGGCUAGCCGUAGUAGUGGUAGCAAGAUCAGCUUACCAGUGGCAUUAAAGAUGAGGGAAGGUAGACAGAAGACGAAAAAUGGGCCAUGAUACAUUUCCUCCAUGUGUCUUGGCGCUUACUGCACUCUGGCACUAAGGUUUUUUUUUUUUAAUAUUUUUAUAAAUUACAGUUUAUUCACUUUGUAUCCCCAUUGUAACCCCCUCCCUCAUCUCCCAUACCCCUUCCCAAGUCCACUGAUAGAAGGAGGUCCUCCUCCCCUUCCAUCUGACCCUAGCCCAUUAGGUCUCCUCAGGACUGUCUUUCAUAGUCUUCCUCUGAGGCCUGGUAGGCUGCUCCCACUUCAUAGGGAGGUGAUCAAAGAGCAAGCCACUGAGUUCACAUAGAGACAGUCCUUGUCCCCCUUACUAGGGAACCCACUUGGAGACUGAGCUGCCAUGGGCUACAUCUGUGCAGGGGUUCUAGGUUAUCUCCAUGCAUGGCCGUUGGUUGGAGUAUCAAUCUCAGAAAAGACCCCUGUGCUCAGAUUGUUUAGUUCUGUUGCUGUCCUUGUGGAGCUCCUGUGCCCUCUAGGUCUGUCUGUCUCCCCCUUCUUUCAUAAGAUUCCCUGCACUCUGCCCAAAGUUUGGCUGUGAGUCUCAGGAUCUCCUUCGAUGUUUUUUAAAACAGCAUCAGCGACCAGGUCCAGUGGAGGAAUGACUGUGUCGUCCUCUUGUGGUGUCAGUGAUUGAAGCGAACACGCCCUUUUCAGCUUGUGAUCCUAAGCUGGUGAAUCUGCAUUCAUCGUUGAGCCCGUCACAAUGAGCGUGAAGCACCCUUGGAUACAGUUUUUAUUUCUUUGAUUUUUAAGGAAAGCAGAAUUCCAGGAUUCUCACUACAUUGGCUUCUGGACAAGCGGCUUCUGAAUGUGGGUGACGUCCAUGCCACACACCUCAGGCAAUAUCCGCCCUUUUUCUUUUUUAUCUUUUUUUUUAUGUGCGUUGGUAUUUUGCCUGCAUGUAUAUCGUGAGGGUGUCAGAAGCCUUGGAACUGGAAUUACAGGCAGUUGUAAGCUGCAUGCCAUGUGGGCGCUGGGAAUAGGUUUUUAAUUAUAUUUCCUGAGACAGGGUCUCUCACUGUGGCUCCAGCUGUCUCAAGGCAAUUCUCUUGUCUUAGCCUCCAGGAUGCUGGGAUUACAGGCAUGAGUUACCACGCCCAUUUUAUUUUUAAAAUGUUCUUCUAGACUUGAAAGCCCAGGGGUCCCAGCGCCACGUCACUCGUGGAAGGUUCCAGAACUUUCCUUGGUUGGGAAGAAUCUGAUCUCUAUGUCUGAUGUCUGCCUGGCUCGAUUUACAGUUGUGAGCUAUCCCUCGACUUCCCUUUGUCUUGAUUGUGGACUUGGCAUUCAGUUAGAUUUGAGUGUCCGAUAAACAAGUGGUUUUAGAAUCAUGAUAUUCCACGCCAUGCUUGAUGUUUAGGGAGCUUUUUAACAUUCUGCUCCUCACAUGUUCUAACAGUUGGUCCAGGUGUGGCCCAGGCCUUGGAAUGUUUUACGAAUGCCUCAAGUGAUGCUCAUUUAGCUAGAUGCCCUGUGAAGUGGGUGUUGCUUUUGCCAGAUUGGACAACUCCCUCAGGGAAGGGUCAGCAGUAACCUGCCAGAUCCAGGGGUGCACCUUUUAUGUGGCGCUAAGCCAUCCUUACAUUCCACUGGAAGCCAGACAGAACGAGCUCACGCCUUCCUGUUUGUUUCCUGUUAGCUUUGACUUAGCUAGAUUUGAUUUUAAGCCAGUUUUUUGUUGUUUUUUUUUUUGUUUUUUUUUUUAAGUUCCUUUUUAAAUUUUAUUUCUGAUACGCUGAAAACACAACGCUCAAGAACCAAACAGAAGAUUAGGACUUUAGGACUUGAGACUGAGUUUGCCAGUUUGGCUGUGUGCUGGUGUCACCUGGGAAGGUCUUGAAAAGAAUCCGAUGAUGGAGGGCUUGGAAAUGCAGCACGGUGAUACUGUGCCUAGUGUGAGGUUCAGUCCUUGGCAGCAUGAGAGCAGGACCAGCUCUGAGCUCCGUAGCUAACUGGUGGCCCAGGGUGGCUGGGCACCUUUAUUUUCAGUGGUCUUCCCAAGGGCUGCUCGGGCACAGCUCAAGGUGGAGGCUCCUGUCCUAGAAAGUCAUUGGUCCAAGUAGAGAAAAACCCAUGAAAUGUCUGCUGAGUUCAGGCGGGGCUGGAGAAGCAUGCCCUUGGUUAAGAUGAUGGAUGACUUUUGGCAAUGAUGCCACUGCGUGGUCCUUGCCCCGAGAGAGUCCAGCUACUCCCACUAACCUGGAAGCCUGUAUCCCUUAAUGGUUCUCUGCAUGGGACCCCUGGAGUCACAGGAAACAAGUGCCAGCAUAUACUGGGUACGGGCUUGAGGUGGAGGCAGAUAGUCAGGUAAGCGCUGGACCUGGAAGCAGCCUCAGAUGCAGUGGCCACUUGCCCCCAUGGGUGUUAUCCAUUUUCUGACUGGACAGUGAGAGUGUCACAGUUGCUUCCCUGUCAGUGCCAAAUCUGCACCCAGCCCACACCAGACUCGAGGUGAUCGUCUGAUGGCCGGUUUGGUUCUGAUGGUCCAGGAGGUUCUGGUACACAUUGGGCUCUGUAAGGGAUUUGUGAGAGACUCUCCAGUGAGAUACAAGGAAGCGGGAGGAAUUCACUUGUCCGUAGGGCACUGGCAAAUCCACACCUGUCUGUAGACAUGACUGAUGGGACCUGGGAAAGGGUUAGUCACCGAGACCUUAGUCACCCGGUGAUUCUGUAGAAGUCUAGAGGAAGCUCUUCAGGGCUUCAAUGCUGCCCCUUCUCCCCAAUCUUCCCUCCUACCCUGCCCCUCACUAGGGCUCAAGGACUUCCCUCUGUGGUGGCUCCUCAGGUUGGUGUCACUAGCAAGUGCUUACUGAGGGGUCUCAAGCUCACAGGACUCCCCUGUCCUGACUUCCCCCAUGACGGAGUGUACGUGUGAUGGGUGUGCCAGGAGAAAGUGGUAGCACCUUCAGGGGGCUCUGUGGCUAUGAAAUCUUUUAGUCUUUCAGCUAAGAAAAUAGCCACUUCCAGACGGCGUUUCUGAAAGCAUAGCAAGGUGACAGGCCUUGUCACCCUAUUCAGUGGAUAGCUUUGAUGUCCCUUCCUUGUGGGCUCCUCUUUCCCGUCAUGGCUGGACUGUAGGGACGUGUGCCCCAGAGGUACCAGCUGGGUCAGCCUCCCAGGCCACCUCUCCUACAGGCCCAAGUCCUGAUGGCCCUGCCUCUUGUUGGGACCAUCUGCACAAACCGUUUCUUGUCUGCAUGGUUUGGGGUCCUCGUGCCUUUUUUCCUUGUUGCCACCACACAGGAUUCUCUGUUAUCCCCUGCCCCCUUUUGUACAUCCCCUUACCCUGUCUCCCUCGUCUUGUGUGUACUCACGUGUGCAGCCAUAUGCCUCCCCUGAGGCCAGCUGCAGACACUGUACCCUACCUCCACCCCUGCCCUGUCAGGCCCAGCUUUCUAUUGCUCCCCAGCCUCUGUUGACUUGGUGACUUUUGUACAGGAUUUCGUUACAGUCUUCAGCAUAGGAGCCACGUGGUCCCCAAGUACCUGCAGCUAGCUUAGAAGCCCUGCGUUCCAGACAAGGGCAGCUUUGUACGGACCAGCUUCUCCCACAAACCCCUUCUGUGUAGGUUCGGAUGUUUAUAGAAGACAGACCUCCUCUAUCCUGAGCGGGCCCCAGCAGGGAGGUUGCAGGUCUGUGUAUGGCUCUUCUAGAGGAAGCCCCAGCCAUGUGGUGUCCAUGCCUUGCAGUACAUCUGGGGUUAGGGUCACUGCCUCCUGUGUGUCCCCCAUGUGUGCUGAAGGAAGCCCUCUGCUGCUGUCCCUGCCUGCUAUCAUCACCUGUCCAGCCCUUCCUUGUCUGCUGGUGCUCAGACCAGAGUGCCAUUAAUCACCAGACUAACGUCAGGGCCCGGACAAGACGCUGUGUGCCGAGGACUCGGCCUGCUGGCUCCCAACCUCGGCUCUUCAUGCUAUGGGGCUGGGCCUUCUGCGGCCCAGAUGGAGGAAGCUAUAGGCAGAUAGGUUCUGACUCUCCGGGGGUUACAUCUGGGGCUUUGCCCCAGAAGCCAGGAAUUGCAAAUGGCCUUAGCUUUGGGGUCGGAAAGAAACUUCUUCAGGCCCCAGGGUGGGGGAGAGUGGGGUGAGUCCCAGGCCCUGAACUGUUUGCUUUUAGCCUGUUCUCUGCAGAAACAGGCUUUAGUGGUGGGCACCUUCCAAGGAACUGUAAUGUACAGACCACAGUGUAAAUAAAAAAGUUGGCUUUUUG